CCCCUCUCGCUCUCUCCCGCCUCUCCGCGCCACCACCACCACCUUCCACUGCACCCAUGGCCUCCCCCUCCCGCCCGGCGCUCCCUCCCCACCUCCGCCUCCUCUCGCCGCGCCAGCUCCCGCCUCUCCGCCCGCCUCGACGUCGCGGCGCGCGCAGCCGCGUCCUCUCCGCGCUCCCCUCACCGUCCCCGUCCCCGCCCUCGCAGCAGCGCGUCUCCACCGCCUCGCUCGAGCACGGUCCCGGGCCCGGCCCCUCCGCUGCCGAGCAGCAGCCGCGGCCACACGACCAGGCGCUCGCCGCGGAGGUCGCGCGGCUCUCCGCGGCCCGCGCGCGCCUCCGCGCGGCGCGCACCCUCGGCGACAAGCUCCGCGCGCUCGACGCCGAGCCCCGCGUCGCGGCCUUCUUCGGCGACGCGUCCAGCCGCGGGGUCCUGGGCGGCCUCCGGCCCCGGGAGGCGUACCUGCUCAAAUGCCUCGUCGCGGCCGGCCAGGACCACGUGCUCGGCGCGGAGCUCGGCUGGGCCGGCGCCGGCGGCCACGAGCGCCACCGCAAUGGGGGCGGUGGCGGGAGCGCGCUGAGGGAGGCGCUGUACAGCCUGGCCGAUCUGGUCGGGAGGUGGAGCGAGGAGGGAGCGGCGGACGACGAGGCUGGGAGCGGGGAGACGGAGCUGCUGCUCGGACGGCUGCUCAAGUUUCUCGGAGACAUCGAGGAGUUCUACGACUGCGUUGGAGGCAUCAUCGGCUACCAAAUUAUGGCGUUGGAGCUGCUCUCGGUCUCCAAGUCCAAGGACAGCAAGCACCGGCAUAGCAAAGACAAGUUUGUCGACUUCCAUGUUCCCACCGGACUUAAUCUAUUGGAGGAUACAGAAUAUGCAUCUCAAGCUGCCCUGUGGGGAAUCGAGGGUUUGCCAGAACUUGGUGAAAUUUAUCCAAUUGGUGGUGCCGGUGACCGUCUUGGUUUAAUGGACUCAGAUACCGGUGAAUCCCUUCCUGCCGCAUUGCUUCCUUACUGUGGAAGAUCUCUAUUGGAAGGACUGAUGCGUGAUCUGCAGGCUAGAGAGUUUCUCCAUUUUAAGAUCUUUGGGAAACAAUGUAUAACCCCUGUGGCGGUCAUGACAAGCUCUGUGAAGAAUAACCAUGAACAUAUAGUUGCCAUCUGUGAAAGACUUGAAUGGUUUGGUAGAGGCCGUGAGAACUUCCGCUUGUUUGAACAGCCUUUGGUGCCUGUAGUAAAUGCUGAAGAUGGCAAAUGGUUAAUCAGCGAGUCACUUCUCCCUGUGGGUAAACCCGGUGGUCAUGGCGCUAUUUGGAAGCUUGCUUGCGAUCGAGGUGUAUUUGAAUGGCUUUAUCGUCAUGGCAGAAAAGGUGCAACUGUUCGUCAAGUCAGCAAUGUUGUUGCUGCAACUGAUUUGACGCUGAUGGCAUUGGCUGGAAUAGGCCUGCGUCACAAUAAGAAAUUAGGUUUUGCAUCUUGUGAGCGAAGACCAGGUGCUACGGAAGGGGUGAAUGUUCUUAUUGAAAAACAAAACCUUGAUGGGCUCUGGGAAUAUGGUAUCACUUGCAUUGAGUACACUGAAUUUGAAAAAUACGGCAUAUCAGAACCUACAGCAACGAAUGGCAGUUUGCAGGCUAGCUAUCCAGCAAAUACAAACAUUCUAUAUGUUGACCUGCAAGCAGCGCAGGAAGUUGGAUCACGCAAAAAUGCUAGCUGCCUACCAGGAAUCGUGCUAAAUUUGAAGAAGGCAGUAUCAUAUGUGGAUCAUCUGGGCUUUGAGUGUAGCGCUGCGGGUGGCAGGCUAGAAUGCACAAUGCAAAACAUAGCAGAUAAUUUUAUGAACACAUAUAGCUACAGGUGCAGCAAAGGAAUAGAAAGUGAGCUCGACACGUUCAUUGUGUACAAUGAAAGGAAAAAGGUUACUUCAUCAGCUAAAAGGAAGCUGAAAUCAGAAGACAGAUCAUUGCACCAGACUCCAGAGGGUUCACUCCUCGACAUUAUGCGCAAUGCUCAUGAUCUCCUUUCUAGCUGCAGCAUAGAGGUUCCAGAGGUGAAAGACAAUAAUGAGUACUUGCAUUCCGGACUACCAUUCAUCAUAUUUCUUCAUCCUGCUUUAGGACCAUUUUGGGAUAUCGUAAAGCAAAAGUUCAUAGGUGGCUCCAUCUCUAAAGGUUCAGAAUUGCAAAUAGAGGUGGCAGAAUUUCUAUGGCAAGAUGUUGAGCUGGAUGGGAGCCUUAUUAUUCUAGCUGAUAACAUUAUGGGUUCAACAAAGAGGAACACUGAUGGUGAACAAGUACUACACUACGGAGCCAGGUAUGGGAGAUGCAAGCUGCAAAAUGUUAAAAUUGUGAACGAAGGGAUCAGCUGGGAUUCUCCCAGUAAUGUCUAUUGGCAGCACCAUGUUGAAAGAUCAGAAUCUCUAAAGAUUAUUCUUCAUGGAAAUGCAGAAUUUGAGGCGAAAGAUGUCGUCUUGAAGGGUAACCAUAUGUUUGAAGUACCCGAUGGUCAUAGAAUGUGCAUCAUUCAGGACGAAGCAGGUUUUACUGUUAAGUUAGAUCCUAUAAGCAAGGAAAUGAUGGACAGCGGAACGUGGUACUGGGAGUAUACGCUAGAUGGUGCGCAUGUGAAGUUGAAUAUGGUGGACCUAUGUGGAGAUGGUACCAACUGUAGAUUCUUGAUUCAUUGAUUCCAGCUAGGUAAAUUAUACCGAGAGCACGUUUGACUAGUAGUUUGAUUAGAUGAAAUCCAGCUUGUACAUAGACUGUUGUACAGUGGACUGCAUAUCAGCCUGCUAUUCGGCAUAUUCCCUCACUUUCUAUAAGUGAUGUACAUACAAAGAUAUUUCUCAGUGUUGAGGAGAAUACGCGUUCUCCCAAGGUUCUCAAAGGAAUUUGUUUCUAUUUGGCGUCCA